AUGCAAGCAAAAAGCACAGGCGAACGCGAUCAACCUUACGAGAAACGGUUACCCGAAGCGCCGAAUUUUUCAGAAACGCAGGUUGAUCACCCAGGUGUCAGGAGUCAGCACUCAGGUACGGACAUGACGGAGAACCGGGUUGGACCGCUAGGCUUAGUCGAGGUUGCGAAUAUCAUGAUUCAUGAUGAUGAUGAUGAUGAUGAUGGGUGGGAUGGAUAG